GUUCGACCAGCGAUCACAAAAAAAAACAAACCAUUUUUGUUAUUCUUUCCUCUUCCGCUCACAGCUCAAGCUAGUUUCGUGUUAUUUUGCGCAAAAUAGCAAUGGCUAUAUCAACAAGCGUACUUCGCACCCAGCUGGUGGCUCUCACCAACUCGUCUGGCAUACACAAGGAACAGGUGGACAAGUAUCGGUCACUGUUGGACCAGAUAUUGCUCAACACCGGCAACGAGCUCGUCGACACCUUGAAGCUCUUCAUCGAGGCGAUCCUGAACGAACAUGUCAGCUUGGUCAUCUCGCGUCAGCUGCUGUCCGACGUUAGCACCCACCUCACCAAGCUGCCCGACGAUAUCUCCAAAUCGGUGGCACACUUCACACUGGACAAGGUGCAACCGAGGGUGAUUUCGUUCGAGGAGCAGGUCGCCUGCAUUCGGCAGCAUUUGGCACAGAUCUACGAACGCAAUCAAAACUGGAAGGAGGCGGCAAACGUACUCGGCGGUAUUCCGCUGGAAACUGGACAGAAACCUUAUCCGUUGGACUACAAACUCGAAACUUACCUGAAGAUUGCACGUCUCUACCUGGAAGAUGAGGAUCCGGUGCAGGCUGAAGCGUUCAUCAACCGUGCCUCGAUCCUGCAGGCCGAUACGAAGGACGAGAAGCUACAGAUUCUGUACAAGGUGUGCUACGCCCGUGUGCUCGACUAUCGUCGCAAGUUCAUCGAAGCGGCCCAGCGAUACAACGAGCUGUCCUACCGUACGAUCGUGGACGAGGGUGAACGUAUGACGGCACUGAAGAAAGCGCUCAUCUGCACGGUACUGGCGUCGGCCGGUCAGCAGCGGUCGCGCAUGCUGGCGACCCUAUUCAAGGACGAACGCUGCCAGCAUCUGCCGGCCUACUCGAUCCUGGAGAAGAUGUACCUCGAUCGUAUCAUCCGUCGAUCGGAGCUGCAAGAGUUCGAAGCGCUGCUGCAGAUGCACCAGAAGGCGAGCACGCUCGAUGGAUCCUCCAUACUGGAUCGGGCCGUGUUUGAGCACAACCUGCUAUCGGCCAGCAAGCUGUACAACAACAUAACGUUCGAGGAGCUGGGCGCAUUGCUAGAGAUUCCACCACCGAAAGCGGAACGUAUCGCCAGCCAAAUGAUCACCGAGGGCCGCAUGAAUGGGUACAUCGAUCAGAUCGACGGUGUGGUGCACUUUGAAACUCGGGAAGUACUGCCACAGUGGGACAAGCAGAUCCAGGGACUGUGCUACCAGCUGAACGGACUGAUCGAGAAGAUCGGUGCAGCGGAACCGGACUGGAUGGCCAAAAUCAUGGAGGAAGAAAUGUGCACAUGAAUUGUUUCUCAUCGAGACACAAGCACUCGGGCACACACUUACGUCGUGGUGGAUGAGAUUGAUAAAAUUUAAAAUAUGCACGAAAUAAAUACUUUGUGAUUUGAUACACUUGAA